AUGGCUGUUUGGUCAAUGAGCACUGUUCUCUUGGUCUGCUUCUCUUGCAAGCCGGUAGCCGCUUCGUUCAACUACAAGCUGCGUUAUGCACGUACCACGGUGCGCAAGCCGGAGUCGUAUGAUGUGGAAAACAUCUUUGGUUUUUACAACAUCAUGCUCCUGCUUAUGCCGAUGCCGUUGAUUUGGACGCUGCAUAUGGCCAGAGCAAAGAAGAUUGGCGUUUCGAUCGUCUUUGCCAACGGUGGUGUCAUUGCUGCUAUCGCCAUCGUAAGACAGUACAUACUCUACACCUCGACUGACGCCGCAGGCCCUAGCUGGGAUAUCGUACAGAUCAAAGACUGGAUAACAAUCGAAGUCAACCUCGCAAUCAUCUGCGGCUGCCUCCCCGGCCUGCAACCCCUUUUCCGUAAAAACCCCCUCCUCAUCCCUUUCCUUCCCUUCCACCUCCGCUCCAAAUUCAGUGGCGGCCACAGCGCUAUGGAGCACUCUUCAUGGCCAAAGAGGCUCAGUGGGCCUCGGCAUGCUGGCGGCCAGAAAUUGGAAAAGGGCCAAAACAGGCAGCAGGCGCCGUGGAGAAUGCCGGAUGAGAGGUCCGAAUCGGGUUCGAGCGUCCAGUCUAUGUACCAUCAGCAGCAGCAGCAGUACCCAUUGUUGCAAUCCGCGCUAGAGCCAGUUGCGAUUCGAAAGGAAAGCCCGAGAUAUGAGGGCAACUUGCAGGGGGCUGCGCUGUGA